AUGAGUGAUCCCAAGUACGCCAACCCCUACCCUGCACAAGGUUACUACCAGGGGCCGUACCAGGGCCCGCCGGUGAUGGCGCCGCCGCAGUACGCCGCGCCGCCGCCCAGGAGGGAGCCGAGCUUCCUUGAAGGCUGGUACGCACGCACGGCCAACUCUUCUUUGAUCCUCUGCCACAAGCUUAGCUCUGUCACUGUGUCACUGUGUGCUUUCAACUCUAUUUCUAUUAAGUGA